AUGAAUAUUAAGGAGUUGGAGGCAACACAUACUCAGGCGAAAGAUAUCAGAAGUUUGCUCAAUUUGAAGUACGAUGCUCAUCACAACAUGACUCAGAUUUAUAAUGAGACAAAAAAAAUUAUGCAUGAGAGAUUGGGUGGGUUGAAACCUAUGCGGUGGACAUUGAUAGAAGCUCAACGUCUUGGCUACUUUAUUGAUUGUGAAUUUGAUGAUCAGCGUCGUGUUACUAGACUCUUCCUAUGCCAUCCUGAGUCGAUUCGGAUGUUGUUGGCAUGGUAUUUUGUUGUUUUGUUAGACUCGACCUACAAGACUAACAAGUAUAAGCAGCCACUGGUUCAGUUGAUUGGUGUUAGUCCGGUGAAGAAGAACUUCAGCAUUGGGUUCAUAUUGAUUUCAGAUGAGACGAAGGAGACAUAUGCUUGGGUUUUGAUGCAAUUGAAGAUUGUGCUUGGUGAUCGAACCCCGGUUGCGUUAGUCACAGACAAGGCGGGAGGAUUGGGUGUAUCUUUGCAAUAG